CGGAUAUCAGGUCUCCCGGGCUCGCCCACCAGUCUUUGGCCACCGGGCCGGUGCACCAGUCAGUACUCGACCUCCGCAGGCCCGAAGACGUCCUUCCUCGUCGCGGGAGGAUCUACAGCCUUCCCCACACGCGGCCCCGAGCUCACAGUCUCCGCAGGAAGGGGCGGGCCCUGCCGGCCGGCUUUGCUGGGGCCCCGCGUUGCCAUAGGGACCCUGGCAGGGCUUGGGACGCCGGAACGCGCGCUGCGGACGAUUGAGGCUGGAGGCUGCGGGCGGCGACUCCACCGCUCUCGGCCCAGGACUCCAGAUGCAGGAUCCGCCCCGCAGGAGAGAGCAGCACCCCCUGGCCCACAGAAGCAGCCACCAUGCCUAUCUCCAAGUGCCCGCCAAAGUCGGAGCCCCUGUGGAAAGCAUGGGACCGGAAGGCCCAGAAGAACGGACUGAGGCACCAGGUGUUCGCUGUCAAUGGCGAUCACUAUGUGGGCAAGUGGAAGGACAACCUGAAACACGGGAAAGGAACACAGGUCUGGAGGAAGAAUGGAGCCAUCUAUGAGGGGGACUGGAAAUUUGGGAAGAGAGAUGGCUAUGGCACACUCAGCCUUUCUGACCAAGAGACCGGAAAGUACAGGAGAGUCUACUCAGGCUGGUGGAAAGGCGAUAAGAAAUGUGGCUAUGGGAUCCAGUUUUUCGGACCCAAGGAGUAUUACGAGGGUGACUGGUGUGGCAACCAGCGCAGCGGUUGGGGCCGCAUGUACUACAGCAACGGAGACAUCUACGAGGGCCAGUGGUGCGACGACAAGCCGGAAGGGGAGGGCAUGUUACGCCUGAAGAACGGGAACCGCUACGAAGGCAACUGGCAGAGAGGCAUGAAGAAUGGGUGGGGGCGCUUCUUCCACCUGGACCAUGGUCAGCUGUUUGAAGGCCUCUGGGUCGACAACAUAGCCAAGUGUGGCACAAUGAUUGACUGUGGCCGUGACGAGGCCCCCAAGCCCACCCAGUUCCCCAUUCCUGAGGUGGGAAGCUCUCCCGGAUCCUGGGGCCACACGCAGCCCAGGGAGAGACAAAACAGCACCCACAGCCACACCCAGCCUGGCUGAGCCCAGCCCGGCCAGGAAACAGACAAGGUUUUGUCUUCAGUCAGGGCGACCCCAGGGAGGCUGGUAGUACCCCCCAAAGCAGGCAGCGCCCCGAAGGCUGGCAGCCUGGGCCUUCCAUGCUCCCCAAACCAACCCCUGCUG